CACCAGGACUACGAAGGACUGUCAACAAAUAUACCAUCUACAAAGAAGUGCGCUCCACCGCAUCUGGAAAUCGACGUGAAGGAGGUAAUUUUGCAUCAAAAUUUCAGUGUAGGCAGGAUAUACGCAAACGACAUCGCUCUGGUGCGACUUGAAAUACCAGUCCGGUAUACGAAAGAAAUCAGACCGAUAUGUGUUCCGAAAGACAGUUUUUCCUUAGAUAAGCUCUUCUUAGAAAUUGCCGGAUGGGGCGUCACGGAAAACGGAACCAGUCAUGUAUUAUUGCACAGCAGAAUUAGCGAAUAUAGGACGUACUGCAUUAAACACAAAAGGGAUGUGUUCCUUCCCAAUAAACAAAUAUGUGCAGGUGGCAAACGCAACAUCUGUAGUGGCGAUUCCGGCGGUCCUCUGAUGGUUACCAAGAAUUUGCGAUGGGUGGAAUACGUAUAUGUGGCAGGCAUCAUUUCCUUUGGAUUUAAUGAAGGGACUUGCGGACAGCUGGACAAACCAAGUAUUUACACUAGGACUGGAGCGUAUUUUAACUGGAUUCGGGAACUUAAAGCCUUAAUUAUGCCCGUUCCUCGUAGAUUAAAGGGUACGUUAGAUUCGUCGGGAAGCUUGUAACAGGUAGAAGAAAGCGUUUCCGAUCAGAAUCACUAGCCGAGUCGAUCAAGCCAAGCCAAAUAUUGUUCCAAUCAGACCAUUCAUUACAAAGUAAUAAGCAAAAAAGUGUGCAAUUUGGGAAACAGCCGAUUUGCUACUUGCCUAUUGCCUUCUCCUUCGCACUUCUUUAGCUGAGUAAUGGGUAUCUAAUAGUCGAGGCCGUCGACUAUAGCGUAAUUAUUGUUAGAAUCUCAGAACAAACUGAAGUUUGCAAUCAAUCUACCUCAAAUAUAUCUAUUAUUUUAUAAGUACUAACUAUGCUGUAGUUUUAGACAUGUAAAACGACUACCAUUGUAGAUGAUUAA